UGAGAUCUUGCCAAAGUAAGUAUGAACCUUCACUCGACAGCCACUGAUUUCCUAAGUGCUUGGAUUUAUUCUAGGUGAGGGGGCUGCUGUUCUGCCAUUGCUAGUCAGCACUGUGCUGUGUCUGGGAUGCACCAUGCUGCACGCAGCUCCCCUGCCGGAGUUCUCCGGGGAUCAGGAUUUCCAGCAAUUCCUGCAGAAGGACCUGGAAUACAUCCGCAAAAUCAAAGGGGACGUCGCCCAGGUGCAGGAGCUUGUGUGCACGACCCUCCAGCUCUGCAACGAGGAGGAGCUGAUGCUUGUCAAGCAGAAACUGGGCAUUUCCCAGGCCCCGCUGGAUCAGUGUCACAGCAAGACCUUCCAAGUGGAUGCCUGCUUCAGCCAGAUCCGGGACGGGCUCCAAAUCUACCACGGCCACCUCGCCCUCCUCCUCCAGCUCCUGCCGGCUCACUCCAGCCGCCUGGACGCCCUCCGGCUGGACGUCUCAAACCUGUCCACUAACAUCCAGCAGCAGAUGGAGGAUCUGGGUCUGAACACGGUGACGUACCCCAAGGCCGAGGGCCAGGGCACCCUCCCCAGCCUCUCGUCCGACUUCGACCGACAAGCCAGCGGAUUCAUCAUCCCCGCCAACUUCAAGCGCUUCCUGGAGACGUCCUUGCGGGCCCUCCGCCACCUCACGCUGGUGUAAAGGGGCGCGGGGACGCGCUUCCCCCACCGCAGCCUCCGGCCCAGCCUUGGGGAGGCUCUGGGCUUUGAGAUCUAAGGGGGAGCUUUACGGGGGGGUGUCUCUGAGCGGGGGGAAGGGCAGCGUCUCCCAGCCGGAGGAUGCUCUGCUCAUCCAGCCUGGAUUCUCCCUUAUUCCCAGCCCAUCCCGCACCCCCUCCACUCUGCAAAGCAACAACCAAGGCUCUUAACUAUUGGACUGGGAUAUUAGCAGCAGCUGCCCCCUCCCUCUUUGGGUCAGUGGCAACCCCUGCCCCAAACCCCUGUUUACUAUUCCCCAGGGUUUGGGGCUGGGCAUGGUUCUCUUUUAGGGCGACCAGAUAGCAAGUCUGAAAAAAUCAGGAUGGGGUGGGGGGUAAUAGGUCCCUCCAUAAGACAAAGUCUCAAAUGCUGGGACUGUCCCUACAAAAUCAGGCUCUCUGGUCACCCUAUGCUAUUUAAAGGUUAUUUAUUUCUCAUUUGUGAGCUUCACCACUGGUUGGUGCAUCCACGCAUGCAGCCCCAAUGCAAACACUGCCCGGAUUAUUUAAUAUUUAUCACUAUUUAAUAUAUUUAUAGGGGUUUGGAACCUGUUGGGAGAAGUAUUUAAGUGCAACUAGUCUAUGGUAUGUUUUUAAAGUCAAAAUCCAUUCCCUUUAUAACAAACCACGGGCAUCAUUCCCGAAUGUUUUGCAGCAUCAGCAAAUCUAGGAGCAGGGCCUGGGAUGCUGGCCGUGCAUUGUGAUGUGUGUGUCCAGUGUAAUUACUGUUUAAUAUUUAAACAAAUGAGCGUCUCCAGUACCAGAUGUUUGCUCUUUGGUAGCUGGACCAAGCACAGGGCUGGGCGCCAACAGCUCCUGGCCCAACUCCCUGUGGGAUCUUGGCUAACAAUCAGUGCCUCAGUUUCCCCAUGUCAAAUGGAGGAUGCUAACGUUUACCUACCUCACAAAGCUGGUGUGAGGCUUCAUUUUCCCUUGUCCAGCCAAGGGCAAGGUCUGAGUGAGGAGGACGGUAGAGCACCUGCAGAGAAGGGUUUGCUGGGAGCACUCGGCCAUUGAGCGUGGAGAAGCCUGCGCUCUGGAAAGCCUCCAGAGCUUUGGGUUAGGUCCCAAGCACGCAGUGCGUAACACAAGCCACUUCGCUCCUGGCUUGAGCACAAGCCUGCCGGGCGGCGGGCAAAUGGACCAGGGCUCCUGGGCUCUAUUCCUGGCUCACCCCACAACUAGCUGCAUGCCCCUAGGCAUGUUGCUUCCCUUAUCCUUGCCUCAGUUUCCCCAUCUAUAAAGAGGGAUAAUCCCCUUUAUCCUCAGCUGAAGGCACUUUAAAAGGGCAUUUUCCUUCCUGGCUUGUGGGCAGUGCAGGGACAGAACUGGCUAACAUUGUUUGUGUUAUGAUAGUGCAUUAAUGCAUAACCGAGUAUUAUUAUUUAACAGACUUGGCAGGAGGGCAGGCUCCUUAAUUAGCAAAGUCCUUGGCUGGGGAAUUGUUUAUGCACAGCCAUUCUCACUGAAUGACAGGGAGGUUUCCAGCUCACCCUCCCAGAAAACCAGCUUUUCUGUAACUUUUCUUAUUUAUAUUUUUCAAUCCACUGUUCCUCCUCGUUCACCCAUGAGAUUUACAUUCAUGUCAAACUGAUUUUAUUUAUUAUAAUUUAACUUAAUAGUAAGAAUUAAGAUAUCAAUCAUUAACUAUUAUCACUCCUUUAAUGUCAAAUGAUUUUUUGCCGAGAAUAGCUCAGACCUGAUUCCUACCAGACUUCUGACUGGCUCAAAUUCCAGCUACCCUGAAUCCACCCAGUGUGGAUUGGGCUGGCAGGGACCGGCGUUGCCUGUAUGUUUCAAAGCUGUCACCGACAGACAGCCCACGUGAAUUUCAACAUAAAUCACAUUGUACUAGAUUAGCGGAGACUGUGCAAUUCUACCUCCCCGGAUGAUCCAGAUGAAGAAUGUCCAUUCUUGAAUGGACGGAGUUUAAUUAAAAAAAACAAAGGCAAGAUCUUCAUUGACAAAUUCUGGAGUUUUGCCUAUUAGAUUGGCGAAAUGCCCAGCAGAGUGCGAUAUUCUGUAAUUGUCUUGAACUGGUUUAUAUUGCAAUGUGUACUAUUUAUUACUGCGGCUGGGUUUGGCUCAGACCAAAUGGAUUUGUAUUUUUAUUUAAAACAGAGAA